UUUCUGUCAAUACAAAUUAAAUGAGAAAGCAUAACACAAAUUUACUCAGCUAAAAAUAGAACACAAUGAAGUCCAUGUGAGCGCAGCAUCCUUUCUGCACUGCGCAACUGCAAACAGGGUUGCCAGAUAACACCGCAUUGCGUAUAGGAAAUCUCGAUAUGAAUUUCUUUUGGCAGCUUGGCAACUUUGUAAUCCAACAGGUAGUCACAGCUGGUCAAAAGAAUAGAACCAGGUCUGAGCUCAUUAUUCCUGCCCGCCCGAAGAUGUGCAGCAGCAACGGAGGUAAUCUUGAGAAAAAGACCUUUUUUGACACGCCCAAAGCCACGCCCAAUUGCACCCGCUUGCGAGUGUUGUGCAUCUGUGGUCUGGUAAUUUCUAUUUACUCGUUGUACGUAAAAGUUCAGCUGGACUAUGAUGAUAGCUACGCAGCCAUGUGUGAUCUGGCGGAACAAGUUAGUUGCACCGCAGUUUUCAAAUCGGAGUACGGGCGUGGUUUUGGUUUGACGCAGCUAAUCUUUGGUGCUUCCUCAACGUAUUUAAAUCCGCCCAAUGGCUCCAUUGGUGUCGUCUUCUAUGUGUUGCUCUUCAUAUCCUCAAUUUUGUAUAGCUUAACUUACAUUUUUUCGCAGCUUUUUAUGAACGACGAUGGAUUUGCCAACUACAGCUGCUGUCCGCGAUUGUAUCUCUUCUGCUAUGCAUCUAUCUUGGGGGACUCCUGCUCCUGGUGCUCUACGAUUGCUGUGUGGUCUGCGUAUGCAUUUAUGCCGUUCAUACGUUGCUCCUUAUGGAGGUUUAUGGACGCUACAGGCGAAUCUAUACAACAAAAGCAAAAGCAGCUACCAAAUGAAUAUUUAUAUGUAUAAGUUGUUAAUUGCCAGAGAGUUCAAGAUAAAUAUGAUGCUGCUACUAGCUGAAUUAUGUGGGUCAAUAUUGGGUUAAGCUGCCGAUACGGACGUGACUCCAAAAGUCUACUGUCAACUGUAUUGUAUCCGUAUCCGCAUAUCUGUAUCUGUAUCUGCAAUUAUAUGUUCAUCCGUAACUGCAUCUGUAUUGGGCUUUGUCUGCAAAUCGCUUACUUUUGACCCUACUUGAGUUGCCAACCCGUCACCCAUCACGUUCCCACAUUUGCGACUAGACGCAGAGGCGGAGCUUCAUCAUCACGUACACGAGCAAUUAAUUUGCCAACUCUGUCUGCGAGAGUGUGCGUGUGGGAGUUGCUGAUGUUGCUACUCAAAAUCAGACUACUUUGUUGCAUGGUAGUCGGUGGAAGGUGAGAAUUGGACGCAAUUAAUUUGACAUAAAUCGUAAAGUCAGGAUAGCAUGGCAAGUAUGGAUCAAUUAGCUCAUCGUUUUGAGUACACAGUGUUAUCAAUCGAAAAUAUUUAAGUUAUUAUUUCGAGUUCUGAAAUUUAUUUAUAAACCCAUUUGUACUUAAAUAUGUUGUUAUUCUAUAUCAUAUUUUCAAUACAUUGCAUUGCACUUCAGAAACUUUUAAAGAAGUCCCA